AUCAAAACACUAUUUUUUUCCCACUGGCAUUCAUUCUGUUUGUGUGGUUUUAAACUACGAAAUAACGUAUUUAAACGGCGCAUUCGCUCUCUGCACGCGCCUUUCAGCGUCCGAAUGAGGCGGAGGUUCUGCGCGUAACGACGUAGUUACACGCCGUUCAAACAUCACGUCGACUCGGAUUGUGCUGCGUUAGCCUAGCAUAGGGCUAAACUGCUAAUCAUUGGAACAAGUUCAGACGGUAACUCGCUGGUUGUGCUAAUCAGCGAAUUGCAGAGGGGUAGGGGGGGCGACAACAGCACUGGACUCAAAGCAUGACCUGCCCUCCCAGCAAGCGCCUCCGAGGCCUGAACCAGGACAUCCCGAAGGCGGACCCCUUCGAGGCGGACCCCUUUGGGGACGACGACGACUUCACUCAGGACGACCUGGACGAGAUCGACACCAUUGCCUCGCAGGCCAUCGGCUUGACCUCUGCAUCGGCGACCGGACCGGGAUGGGAGCGAGCGCACGGGUCAGGAUUUCGUCCGCCAUUGGACAGAGAGAACACGGGCGGCUUCGGUGGGAAGAGCGGACAUUCGGGCGCACGCAGCAGAGAGCCUCUGGGCAACAGAGCGCAGCAGAUUGGUGCAGACCGAGAGGACUCCUACAUCCUGCUGGAGGCUCAGCAUGCAGAUCUCCGGAGGAAGCUGAAGGAGGUGGAGGAGGAGAUUGUGUUGAAAAACGGCGAGAUCCGGGUGCUCAGGGACUCCCUGAGAGGAGCCCGGCAGGAGAAGGAGACCCAGAGGCAGACCCUGGCCCUGCUGGAGAAGCAGAAGCAGAGAGAGCAGAGUGACAAGGAGAAAGAGCUCAACAAGAAGGUUCAGUCGCUGCGGUCGGAACUGCAAUUCAAAGAAGCCGAGAUCAACGAGAUGAAGAGCAAGCUGCUGAGCGCUGAAAGGAGCAAGCCGGCGUCGCCGCUACCGCGAAACAGCCCCAAAGUGCCCAACGGCCUUUCCCAGCUUCAUCGCGGUGGCAGCUCCUCCUCGCCAACAGGAAGUGGUUUCAUCACCAAGGAGACAUUCGCGGCGCAUCUCCCGUCCAGAAACGCGUCGAUCAAAACUCCCGCCAAGACGCGCAGGGACGGAGCCGUUAACAAACAGGAAGUAGCCUGGACUGAUCCGUUCCAGUGCGACCGGCCGGCACACCGGCAGCACCGAGGUGGCGUCCUGUUGGGCUUGUUGCUGCAGCAGCCACUGUCUCCCAGCAGCCUUUGCCUCUCGCACCUGCUGUCCGUCAGCCUGAGUGACACCUGCCUGACGGCCAGGCCGGACUCAACCGCAGCACAGUGGGACUUGAGCGCGGCCGGUGCGGGCAGGAUGAUAUGCGGAGCCCCCCGAGUGGGCCUCAGUCCGGUCCAGAGUCUGGCGGUUACCGGACUCAACAUGCUGAGUCAAAGUCGACCUGGGGCAGCAAAGGCCAAACACGGGUGUCCAGGAGCCGUGCUUCUCCUCCCGCUGCUGGACCUGCACUUGUCUCGCCUCUGCCAGGCCCUGGAUGCCAGGGGCGCGGCCUCCGGGUCUCUGCCGGACACACGCCCUGCCCCCACGGGACCGGGGAGGCCGGACGAGGCGGUCGCGAGCGGCGAUAGUCUGGAAGACGCCGGGCUGGCGGCACUGAGGAUCCUCUACCUGCUGACGGACCACAGCGAUGAGGUGGUCCAGGCGGUUCUCUCAACACAAAGUGAAGGCAGCACAGAAAACCAGGCCGCCACCGCCGUUGCGACGCAGGCUCUUGACUCCCACAAUGCCUUGCUGCAGUCCGUGUUGCACCUCUGCCGCGUCAGUGGAGCCGGAGGAGAGUUGGAAGAGAUAGUGGUCGGCGCCGUGAAGGCGGCCAGCGCCCUGAUCGAGAGGGCGCCGGAUGCGCACGUCGACCGGCUCCCGCGCUUGCUGCAGGCGCUGUGUGCCUGCGUGUCGGCCCACGCCAACCCACGCGUGCUCGCCGAGUGCACCGCCGCCCUGGUGCGUGCGUGUGACCGCGCCUCGCUCCCUCGCCAACUCUGCUCCCAGCACGAACCUUGCGUCUUCCUGAAGCUGCUGCAGCACAUCAGGAACAGACCCGUUAAGCAGGGGUCGCACGCUGAACUCAUCCAACUGGACCUGCAGGUGGUUCGAUUGUUCAACCGGCUCACUCAGACAGCGGAGAGCUGGCAAAGCAGCAGCUGCCAGUGCUACACUGAGCUGGUUCAGACGUCUGUGGUCAUCCUCCAUCGUCAGUGGCUGGACCUUCGCGACUCUCCCGAGCGGACUGCCGGGUCGCCUGACCCUGACGUUGGCCCGUCGUGGUCAGCGCCCUGGUGGCGGCGCCCGCCGGCGUCGCUGUUACGCGAGUGCCUCCAUCUUCUUCACUGGCUCCUCCACCAUCACGCCAGCUUCUCGGCCAGCUGCAGGUCGCUGCUGCACAUGUACGACCAGGCCGUACCGGCCGUGCGCGACACUCUCAGGAAGAUCCCCGAGCUGAGCGAGAGCGAAGAGCUGGCCUUGGAGGAAAUCUGCCGCCCGGAAGGCGACGACACCGACGACCAGGACACUGAUUCCGGCUCCUGAUUGGUUCAUCGCCAUAAUGGACACUUUAUUAUGUGCCAUGAAGUCCAAGUUCAGCAAGAAAAACAGAGGAACCAGACUCAAAAAAGAUUUAACAAUAAACAGGAUCCUUAAAAUGUCUUAAAUGUUCCUACUUUCAAAAUGACAAUCCUUAAAUCUGCUGCUCGAUAUCACAAUAUUUUAUUUACUUGUUUGUAAUUUGUCUUUAUGAUGAAUAUAAAAAGGAGGAUGAUAUAAAUGUGUUAAAGUACAGUGAUAGCCCUACAGCGAUUCGCGGUAGCGCUCUGCGAGUAAUUGACGACCCUGCCUAAAAAUGUCUGCCUAUAUCAUUGAUUGGGUUACUCUAGUGGUACGCGAAGCAACAACGCCAACACCGAGGCGACGUCGCUAGGCCGUGCAUUUGAGAGUUCAACAGCACAAGAGAAUUAGAUUUGUGUUAACUGCAUACACUAGGUUUCCAUAUAAAUAUAUAUAUAAAUGGUUGAUUACCUCGCAAACAGAGACACGGGAAAGUUAACUGUUAAGUAAACACAGCCACACAUGUUUUUCAGCCUGUAGCUGAUUACAGACGAACGGAGACAAUUUGACUGACAGGUGGCAAAGGGCUGUCUCCAGCACCUUCAGCAGACGCCCCCACACAAUCCUGCAGCUCAAGGGCAGGUCUUAUUUUUCAUGAUUUCACAUACAUGGUGAUUUUGGUUUCUUUGUUUUUUUUGCUGUUGUUUUUUAUUCAUUCAAAUUUGUCAUCCAAGAAUUGUAAUGGUACCUGCGUUCCACAGGGUUCGGUACUUGGUCCUCUAUCGUCCACUAUCUACAGUCAUGGACAAAAGUGAUUAGAACACCCUUGUUUCUUCAAUUUCUUGUUCAUUUUAAUGCCUGGUAUCACGAAAGGUAUCUUGCCUGAAGAAUACAGUGAACAUGACAAAAAUUCAGCUGGUUCCAUCAUACUUUGUCAUAUUUGACAUGCUUAAGCAAUUGUGUUCCCAGUGAUUUUGGUUAUUCCCAAGAAAAGCGUAAAAUGGCUAGAUAUCUUUUGAAUUAAACCGAUGGGCUAUUUUUCUUGUCACCAUUAUUAGAAAGGGGCAAGUAAUGAAUAAGAAACUGAAAAAAACCAAGGGUGGUCCAAUAUUUUUUCCAUGAGGCCCCAUUCAGCCUCUUAGAAAUAAUAUAUAUAAAUAUACAUGAGUAUGGCUCCCACGAAUUGCAGCAACGACAUUCAGCAUAAUAGUGAGUUGUAUUUUUAACCAUUUGUUUUUAUUGGUUUCAAUGCUGACCUGCCAAAAAUAUGUCGUCACAUGAAACAGGUCUGUGACGCGAAAAAACAAACCCAAAAAACAAAAAGGCUCGGUGUUGCUGAUUCACGUGUUGUCACACAAUAAUGGGAUGUGGCCAACUUAUGGAGAAACCUGGCAAAAAAAAAAAAAACAUUUAAAAAUCCACUAAUGGGUUUUCAUUUUCAAAAUUGGACUUCAACGCACCUUUUAGGGAACAAUAUCCCUUUUGUUGUCUCACAAAUGGUGAGGAUGUAAUAUAGGGAUGACCAGCCCUACCGCCAAUGGCAAAUAUUCAAGUCAUUGACACUAAAAAGGUUUCGAAUUUUCUAUAUGAGCCACAAGAUUGUGUCAAAGCACUCCUUUUCUAUGAGACACCUAGUGCUUGGUUUGUCAAAUAGUGGGGGGGGAAAUGACAGAGUAAGACUGGUAAGGGGAGAUAAAAUAAGUGUACAAAGUGUGUGUGUGCGUGCGCUCAUGUCUAAACAGCACCACGAUGAAUUUGACUACUUCAUGAAAAAUUGUCGUAUGAUGUCGCUAAUGAUAUACCUUGAUCGGCCACGGUAAUUAGGCAGCAUAUAUCUGCAAGGAACUAAUUCCGUUCCAUUUGAUGGCUGCUAUGCUGCUAGACGAGUUUGACUUCCUUUGUGAUUGAUAGUUCAUUGUUAUCUGCCUUAUUGUUUCAUAACAUAAUUACCAUUGCAAUUAAAGUGUGUUGACCUUGAGCUGAGCGGGAAUUUUUAGUUGCAACAUCGUGUCUUCGUCGUCAUCCUACAUAUUUGUAAAUCCAAGCGGUAUAGAAAAUGGAGGGACUUAGUAGUUGCAGUAUAUAUAUAUAUAUAUAUAUCCAGCAGAUGGUGCUGCUUCUGCCCUUUCAAAGCAUGCAGCAAAAUUUUACCCUGGCUCAGCAUAACCUUUAUGAGGAAUAAUGAUAAAAAAAAUAAAAAAAUAUAUAUAUAUAUAUAUAAAAGGAUGGAUGAAAUUUGGGAGUAAUGUUGUCACUAGUUGAUAGAAUGCAGUAAUUGCCUGCUAUUUACAACGGUUAGGGGCCAAACCCUGUCCUGAAUUGCAAAACAAACCAAAACAAAAAAACAAGAAGAGAGUAAUAAGCAUUUUUGAUAAAUUGUCAACCGGUGUGACCUUGAUUUUGAGUUAAAUGGCGUUUGUUUCCUUGUGGCAGAACCGGCCAGGUGAGUCACCUAACAUCGUGGCAGCGAUCGUAUAAAAUGAACACUUGUCCUUGGAAUCGGCCAUCUCCACUGCAAUGGUAAGACCUCAACUUUUUUACUGGUUUUUCAUGCGACUUCGUUAUUUCUAAAUGUAAACCACGCAAGUACUGUAGAAAUGUGGGCGUUACUCAACAGAUGCCUUUUGCCUUGCUGCUCCUCAUUUGUGGAAUAAGCGGACCGGUCACUGGGGCUGUGAGUCGAAAUCAAUAUAUAUGUCCAUGGUAAAUGAAGGAAAAGAAAAAAAAAAGAGAAAUAAUGAAUAAAUCAUAAGUCAUAAUGUUACGAUACUUAAACUGUGACGUCAAUCGUUCUGUCCGAUCUGAACAAUGCCGCUGACAUCGUGUUGUUCUUCUUCUUCACAGUGGGCCCAGGCUGGAUCAACAUCAAAAAGUAGGUACAGUACCUGUGACUCACUCAUACAAUAUUCUCUGUUGAGUUAUUCAACUUUACCCUGAAGGAAUGAAAAAAAAAAAAAAAUAAUCGAAUAUUUUCCCAUUAGAGUUGUUCAUCUGUCUAUUAUACAGAGUUUAUAUUUGGUGGAAUUGGACAAAAUCCCGAGCUUGAGUUGAUCUUUUACCCCAAAUUACCCCAAAAUGACCAAAAUGCCAGACUUCUUGUUUCUUUUUGGGGGUGACUUCUUGAGACUUUUUUGUGCUUCUACCCAUGAUAGACAUCCCAACCAAAUUUCAUGUUGCCAAGUAAAACUGGACUUGGGUGUUGAAUUUUGAAAAAUCUCCAAAUAGUGAACAAAAGGGGGCUAAUUACCAAGCCUUGUGGCAUGCCUUGGAUGACUGGAUGGUGAUAAACUGGCAGCGAGGUAUGAGUGGACUCAGUAAUAAGCUGUUCAAAAACGCCAGGAGUGAAAACAAAACUGUUGAGAGGAUGCAGAGGAUCACUUCAACAUAUACUUCCUUGUCACUAAUUACAACAUGGUUUGGCGGAAUCGAAGGGGAUUGCGCACACACACACACACACACACACACACACAAAAAAAACAGGGCAGGGGGAGUUCUUUUUAUAGGUAAUAGCAGAGGAUGGGUUCCCCAGAAGAAGACAAAAAUGCAAACAAGACUUUAUAGAGCUAGUGGCCAGUACCAAGGUGUAAUGGCGACUGCUUUAUGUCGAAAGCAGUCACAUUUCUGUCGGGCCAAUUAUAUCUUACUCGUGCACUCACUGUAGUAGUCUCGCCACGCUGCACUAGUUGCAUAUCUGUUGUUGACCAAUACUGGCCAUGCCAGAGUAGCAUCUGCUCCAUUUGCACACUGACUGAGGAGUAUCUGCAACAUUUGCACAAUCAACAUUGUCCCAGAUUAUCGCACUACUCGCUU